GCGGUCCGCGGGGCGCGGCCCGGGCGAGCGAGCCAUGGCCGACCGCGGGUGCCCGCUGGAGGCGGUGCCGCUGCCCGCCGAGGUGCGCGAGAGCCUGGCGGAGCUGGAGCUGGAGCUGUCGGAAGGUGACAUCACUCAAAAAGGAUAUGAAAAGAAAAGGGCAAAGCUGCUUGCGCGCUACAUCCCACUUACUCAAGGAGUGGAUCUGCCCCUGCAAGCAGAGCCUCGGACCCCUGGGCCCUCGCAGAGCGUGGUCGCAGCGCCCAGGCAGCAGAGGCUGCGCCCCACCAACUCCCGGGACGAGCGCUUCCGGUCAGAUGUUCACACAGAAGCCGUGCAAGCAGCUUUGGCCAAGUACAGAGAGAGGAAGGUGCCUCUGCCCUCGAAGAGACGCUCUGUUCUUGUGCCUUCGUCCGCGGAAGCCUGCACCCCGCCAGACACGUCGUCUGCCUCAGAAGAUGAGGGCUCUUUACGGCGACCGGGACAGCUCCCUUCCACUGCACUGCAGAGCCGUGCCAGCGCCGAGUCCUGGCCUGAGCGGGCCAUCCAGGGCUCGUCCUCCUCGUCAUCUGCUUCUUCCACCUCGUCUCACGCGGGAGGGACACCGGCCGGCCACGCCCACCUAGAACUGCGCUCGGCCCCUCCUGACGUCACCACAGGCCUCAUACAGCAUCGGCUCUGCGAGCGCCCGCAGCCGGGCUCCAUGAGAGGUGCCCCUCGGAGCAGUGGGAGCCUCCUGGACACGGCGGGCGGUGUCCCUGUGAACAGCAGAGUGUCCUCCAAGAUCCGGCAACUGCUGGACACGCUGAAGCGGCCGAAGCGGCCCCCGCUGAGGGAGUUCUUCCUGGACGACGCUGAGGAGGUGCUAGGAGUCCAGCAACCAGAUCCAAACCGGCCAAAGCCUGAGGGAAGCCAAAUGGCGGUGCUGAGAGGGGAGCCUCUGGCCGCGGGGACACCCUGGCCGCCAUCGCUGCUGGCCGCCCUGCAGCGCUGGGGCACGACGCAGCCCCGAGCACCCUGCCUGACCGCCCUGGACACCACUGGGAAAGCCAUCCACACCCUCACCUACGGCAAACUUUGGAGUCGGAGUUUAAAACUAGCUUAUACUCUUCUUAAUAAACUGACUAGUAAGAAUGAACCGCUACUUAAACCUGGAGACAGAGUGGCGCUGGUGUUUCCCAACAGUGACCCUGUGAUGUUCAUGGUUGCGUUUUAUGGGUGUCUCCUGGCAGAGCUGGUUCCUGUCCCCAUUGAAGUGCCGCUGACAAGAAAGGACGCUGGCAGCCAGCAGGUCGGGUUUCUGCUGGGCAGCUGUGGUGUUACCCUGGCCCUGACCACGGAUGCCUGUCAGAAAGGCCUGCCGAAGGCACAGUCCGGAGAAGUGGCAGCUUUCAAAGGUUGGCCACCCCUGGCCUGGCUGGUGAUUGACGGGAAACAUCUGACGAAGCCCCCCAGGGACUGGCACCCGGCGUCCCAGGAGGCCGGGGCGGGCACUGCCUACAUCGAGUAUAAGACCAGCAAAGAAGGCAGCACGGUGGGGGUGACAGUAUCGCACGCAUCCCUCCUGGCCCAGUGCCGCGCUCUGACCCAGGCGUGCGGCUACUCAGAAGCUGAAACGUUAACAAAUGUGCUGGACUUCAAAAGGGAUGCCGGUCUGUGGCACGGAGUGUUAACAAGCGUCCUGAACAGGAUGCACGUGGUCAGCAUCCCAUACGCACUGAUGAAGGUGAACCCACUGUCCUGGAUCCAGAAGGUGUGCUCCUAUAAAGCCCGGGCCGCGCUGGUGAAGUCCCGCGACAUGCACUGGUCCCUCCUGGCCCAGCGGGGUCAGCGCGACGUCAGCCUCAGCUCGCUGCGCAUGCUGCUCGUGGCCGACGGCGCCAACCCAUGGUCCAUCUCCUCCUGUGAUGCCUUCCUCAACGUCUUCCAGUCCAGAGGCCUGAGGCCAGAGGUCAUCUGUCCCUGUGCCAGCUCCCCCGAGGCUCUGACGGUUGCCAUCCGCAGGCCGCCCGCCCUGGGAGGACCUCCUCCGAGAAAGGCUGUGCUGUCGAUGCACAGCCUCAGUUACGGGGUGAUCCGAGUCGACACUGAGGAGAAGCUGUCAGUGCUCACUGUCCAGGACGUCGGUCAGGUGAUGCCUGGAGCGAGUGUGUGUGUUGUGAAGGUGGACGGUGCCCCAUACCUCUGUAAGACUGAUGAGGUUGGUGAGGUGUGUGUCAGCUCGAAUGCGACCGGCACGGCCUACUAUGGACUGCCUGGGGUCACGAGGAAUGUCUUUGAGACUGUCCCUGUCACUGCGGGAGGAGUGCCCGUGUCCGACAGGCCCUUCACCAGGACGGGGCUGCUGGGUUUCGUCGGCCCCGGUGACCUGGUUUUCAUCGUGGGCAAGCUGGACGGGCUGAUGGUGGUCGGGGUUCGCAGACACAACGCGGAUGACAUCGUGGCCACCGCGCUAGCCGUCGAGCCCAUGAAGUUUGUCUACAGAGGCAGGAUCGCCGUGUUCUCCGUGACGGUGCUGCACGACGACCGGAUCGUGCUGGUGGCCGAGCAGCGGCCAGACGCGUCCGAGGAGGACAGCUUCCAGUGGAUGAGCCGUGUGCUGCAGGCCAUUGAUAGCAUCCACCAGGUGGGCGUCUACUGUCUGGCCCUGGUCCCUGCCAACACCCUGCCUAAGGCUCCUCUCGGCGGGGUUCACAUCUCUGAAGCCAAGCAGCGCUUUCUGGAGGGGACGCUGCACCCGUGCAAUGUGCUGAUGUGUCCUCACACCUGUGUCACCAACCUCCCCAAACCUCGCCAGAAGCAACCAGACGUGGGACCGGCUUCCAUGAUCGUUGGAAAUCUGGUUGCUGGGAAGAGAAUUGCGCAGGCCUCAGGGCGGGAGCUGGCCCACCUGGAGGACAGCGACCAGGCCAGGAAGUUCUUGUUCCUGCCGGACGUGCUGCAGUGGCGAGCCCACACCACCCCUGACCACCCGCUGUUUCUGCUGCUAAACGCCAAGGGCACGGUCACGAGCACUGCAACCUGUGUCCAGCUGCACAAAAAGGCUGAAAGGGUGGCCGCCGCUCUGACGGACAAGGCAAGACUGAGUGUUGGGGACCAUGUGGCUUUGGUCUACCCCCCAGGGGUGGACCUCAUCGCUGCCUUCUAUGGCUGCCUGUACUGUGGCUGCGUGCCCGUCACCGUGCGGCCCCCGCACCCCCAGAACCUCACCACCACGCUUCCCACCGUCAAGAUGAUUGUGGAGGUUAGCAAGUCUGCGUGCGUCCUCACCACGCAGGCCAUCAUGCGGCUGCUCAAGUCCAAGGACGCCGCGGCCGCCGUGGACGUCAGGACCUGGCCCACCAUUCUAGAUACAGAUGACAUACCGAAAAGGAAGGUGGCUAGCGUGUUCAGGCCGCCCUCCCCGGACGCACUUGCGUACCUGGACUUCAGCGUGUCAACCACGGGGAUCUUAGCAGGCGUGAAGAUGUCGCAUGCUGCCACGAGUGCCUUGUGCCGCUCCAUAAAGCUGCAGUGUGAGCUGUACCCUUCCAGGCAGAUCGCCAUCUGCCUUGACCCCUACUGUGGCCUCGGCUUUGCCCUCUGGUGUCUGUGCAGUGUGUACUCCGGACACCGGUCGGUGCUGGUGCCCCCGCUGGAGCUGGAAAGCAAUGUGUCCCUGUGGCUGUCCGCCGUGAGCCAGUACAAGGCCCGCGUCACUUUCUGCUCCUACUCGGUAAUGGAGAUGUGUACCAAAGGCCUGGGCGCGCAGACCGGCGUCCUUCGGAUGAAGGGGGUGGACCUGUCGUGCGUGCGCACCUGCAUGGUGGUCGCCGAGGAGCGACCCCGCCUCGCGCUGACGCAGUCCUUCUCCAAGCUGUUCAAGGACCUUGGCCUGCCCGCGCGCGCCGUGAGCACCACAUUCGGGUGCAGGGUCAACGUGGCCAUCUGCCUCCAGCCCAACAGGCUGGGAAAGCUGGCUGAGCAGGGCACGGCUGGCCCCGACCCCACAACGGUCUACGUGGACAUGCGAGCGCUGCGUCAUGACAGGGUACGUUUGGUGGAACGGGGUUCCCCGCACAGUCUGCCGUUGACGGAGUCUGGAAAGAUCCUGCCGGGAGUGAAGGUCAUCAUCGCGCACACGGAGACCAGAGGGCCCCUGGGGGACACGCACCUGGGAGAGAUCUGGGUGAGCAGCCCCCACAAUGCCACCGGCUACUACACUGUCCACGGGGAGGAGGCGCUUCACGCCGACCACUUCAGUGCCCGGCUGAGCCUUGGAGACACACAGACCAUUUGGGCGAGGACUGGCUACCUGGGCUUCCUCCGGAGAACAGAGCUCACCGACGCCAGCGGAGAGCGCCAUGACGCGCUGUAUGUGGUCGGAUCUCUAGACGAAACGCUGGAGCUCAGAGGCAUGCGCUACCACCCCAUUGACAUCGAGACGUCUGUCAUCCGGGCACACAGGAGCAUCGCCGAGUGCGCUGUUUUCACCUGGACCAACCUGCUGGUGGUGGUGGUGGAGCUGGAUGGGCUGGAGCAGGAUGCCCUGGACCUAGUAGCCCUGGUCACCAACGUGGUGCUGGAGGAGCACCACCUGGUCGUGGGCGUGGUGGUCAUCGUGGACCCGGGCGUGAUCCCCAUCAAUUCCCGGGGCGAGAAGCAGCGCAUGCACCUGCGGGACGGCUUCCUGGCCGACCAGCUGGACCCCAUCUACGUCGCCUACAACAUGUGACAGGCGUGGCCCAGGCCUGCAGGUCAUGGGACCACUCGAAGGUGCUGGGACUCGUGAGCACACGGCAGUGCCCCCCAGUCGCCAGGGAGCAAGCACCCUUCCCCCGUUUUUACAGAUUCGUCUCAUCUGAGGAACCAAAUCUCAUCUGAGGAACCACUGCCGAAUUAUUUGAAGAAACUUUUUAAUCCUAAAGGACAUUUACACAAACCUAAAUGUCCGCAUUUUAACAGACAGGUGACUAGGGAGGGAAGUGAAAGGCCCAGCCUGGGUAUCGUGGAGCUGAGGUGUGCGGUCUGUUCUCUGCUGUAUUGCAAGUUUGCACAUUUUUAGGCUAAAAAUAGAGUUCUUGAUUCUGAGAAUUCAGUUUUUAUUACCAGUUCAGAUGAGCACCUCAUGUCUAGAGUUCACGCUGGAAAGAACAGGAGCCCAGCACAGCCGGUCCCCCCACCCUUCACAGGGAGGCGCUGAGUCCAGGCAGGUCCCACCCGCCCUGCUCUUGGUCCCCAUGUGGCACUUCCUUACUGCCAGCAUCCCUGGUGAAGCAGCUGUGCCUGAUGGCCUGCACACACUGCCGCUGACGCGGUACGUGCCGCCGGGGCAGUCCAGGUGAUGCUGUUUCGGAAAGGUAAGCCAGUGUUUAGUUUUAAACCUCUUCAGGUUGGUGACUUCUUGUUGUUCAACGCUUGCUUCCAUGACAUCACAAUACUAAUUUUUCUCAGUACAUGGAAGUGUGUUGAGUCACAAUUUUUGUUCCCACUUAGCUGAUUUGGAAGUGGAGCACCAGGCAGUGCCACCCAGGACCGGGCACCGCCACCCUCACCCUGGCCUUCGUGUUUUGAGUUGUGUGCCUAUAAAAUGUGGCCAAACCAUAUUCAGUUAUUUCAUUCAAACUUGACUAAACUGAGUGAUGUAAUAUUAUAGUAAACCUCAAUGAAAGAAGAGAAUAUAAAGUCCUUUUGAAACUUCUAAGAAUUUGAAAGGAAGCACAAAUCUAAGAGAGUAUUUUUAUAUAGCUAAGAAAGUAUGUCAUGAAGUUUUUGAGUUUGGGGGACUUGAGGGUGGGAAAGUUUAUGAAUCAUGCAUGCUUCCUAAAAACAACCAGGUUUUCCUGGAAUUAGCCUGAUCAGUGCCUAGCAAAGCUGUUAUUCAUUCUCUGAUGUUUUAAAUUCACCACCGCGUAGACCUGUCUGCCUCUCACGUCUCACUCUUACUCGGCCACAAACAGCAGGUGCGUCCGGGCUCGGUUUGCCUGCUGGACUGAGUUCCACAGGCUGGACUUGAGCAGUCUGUGGUCAUUGUGUAUAUAAUCUGUGUAAUUUAUUGUUUGACACACACAGGGUGUAGCAGCUGGCGAGUGGAAGUCCCUGCAGGGGACCAAACACCUAACCCUAAUCUUCAUGUGGUAGCUUUAUAGCAAACAAAUAUUGUACAGUUUUUUGUAUUGACAGGUUAGUGGCCGUAAGACAAGGUAUCUUGUACAUUAAGACUUUAAGAAGCACAGUAAAAUGUUUUAAAUUACUCUCUGGGAAUUCAGUAUAUCACACUAAUUUUUUUAUAUCAUUAUGUUAAUAAAAGUUAUUGAUUGUAAUUCUGCAUUUUUAAAUGUGUGAAAAGGUUUCUUAAAUUACCCCAAAUAGAAUGUAUUUUAUUAUGCAUUCUUUUUUUUCUGACUAUAAAAGCAUUUAUGCUUACAGCAUAAACUCUACA